AGUCAGAUUGACAUUCUUUCUGGAUCAUGGCAUUGUGAAAAACCAGAAAAGAUAACUGCAUACAAUGAGCAAUAUAAAUUGUGUUUCCCAGUUCAUGAAAGUUCUGAAAAACAUUUAGAUAUACCUAGUCUAGAUAGCUUUACAUCAGACCUACUAGUUAAAAAACAUGGUCAAAAAGCUUUUACAGUUUCUAAUAAGAAAAAGACUUUAUAUACACCUUUUCUAAAAUCAGUAGAAAAAUUGGCUUAUCAAGGACAAGCUGCUGCUAAAAUGGGUAUUGUUUCAUCGUCUUACAUGCAACAGGCAUUAGGUACAUUAUUAGAAACAUUAUUAGACAAAGAGGUGAAUAUGGAUAGGGCAGUACAACAAGUACGUGAUAUCUUUGCUAUGUCAACAAAAAGUGUUGAUCAGGUUGCAAGAGCAGGUGCAUUUCAUCACCUUAUUAGAAGAAAACUAGUAAUGGAAGAUACUGGGUUAAAUGACAUAAAGGAACUUAAAAAUUCUUUAAUUUCUUUACCACUUUCAAGCAGUGGAGUGUUCGGUGACAAGUUUGAACAAACCUUGAAAGAUAGGAUAGAAAAAGACAAACAACUUAAGGAAUUGCUUCCUGAGUUACAUAUUGGAAAUAAACCUACAUCUUUUCUAGGUAAAAGAAAAAACACUGCUUCUAAUGAUUGGCAAGCAAAACGUGUAAAACAAAAUGUUAAUCAGAACAGUUUUAAAUCAACUCCAAGUACUCAGCGUUCUUUUCAGAGAACUAGCACUGUUUCAAGACCUGACAAGAGUGAAAAUAAGUUCGAGAAAGCAGGAACUAAUUUUCGUCCCUCAUGGGGCAACCAGGGAAAAAACCAACAAAGAAAAUGACUAUUUAAAGACGCUGUAGUGAUCUUCAAGCAUUGAGAAUAGGAGAUGGUAAUAUUAGUGUACAUAGUACUGGUGUGAUUUUCAUUAGAGAAGGCCUUUCAAAGCAGGAUCGUCCUGGACAUAAUGGUUCAAAAAUAUUUGUCCCAAGUUUUAAGGACAACAAAUUAUUGAAUCCGAAAAGGUCAUUGUUUUAUUAUUUGAAAAUGACGGAUAACUUCCGUAAUUGUGACAGAAGUAACAGUAAACUGUUUUUAAGUGUAAAUAGUCCGCACAACCCGGUCUCUAGUCAGACAAUUUCGAAUUGGAUUGUCCAAACCAUCCAAAUGGCAUAUAAUGACAAAAACAAGUCUGUCAAGGCGCAUAGUACAAGAGCUAUUGGUCCUUCAUGGGCCCUAUUUAAUGGUUCAUCUAUGAAAUCCAUCAUGGAAGCA